UGAGCUCAAGAAGUUGUUGACCGGUCGUUUCCGUUUCGGUAAAUGGCAGGUCGGUGAGGCCGAGUACGCAGGGAGAAGGAUCCGCCAGCAGUCUGAUGGGCGCAUUCUCGUCGACCAGGAAAAAUAUAUCCUGGAGCAGGUCCGUCCCAUGAGACUCGACAAGGAGCGUGUUAAAUGUCCCGAGGAGCUGCUCGAUGCAAGAGAGCUCCGAGACUAUCGCGGCCUGGUGGCGAAGAUUCUCUGGGCGGCCCGCCAGUCUCGUCCCGACGUGUCCGGGUCCGCCUCGAUGCUGAGCGCCGAAUGCCCACAGGUCAAGAUAGCCUCGGCUCUCAUGGCUAACAAGGUUGCUCGCCACCUCCGGUGUACGGCCAGCUCCUGUCUGACGAUUUGGCCCCUGGACCUGAGUGCCGUGACCAUGGUCACGUGCAGUGGCGCGGGGGGCCCCGGGUCCGCUAAAAGAGACGGUGCUCAAGGAGGCUGGCUCGUGAUGCUAGGAGAUUCCAGGAUCAAGGGACAGUGGUUGUGGCUCGUUUUCCGGGAUGCCCUGUAUGGAGACGUGAGGGGGCCUGAAUGGUGGAACUCAGGGACGUCCUGCCCCUUUGCAGUCGCGCUCGUCGACGAGUGUGCCAUCGCCGAGGCUUCCGAGGGCGUCGCCGUAGUCGAUGCGAAGUCCCUCUUCGAUACGCUGUCCAAGAACUGCGGGGGUGCCAAGGCUGACCGCCGCAACGCCAUCGAGAUGGCGAUAGUCCGGGACUCGAUGACAGCCGAAGGGACAGUGGUGAGGUGGGUUCCACACUGCAAGAUGCCAGCUGACGCUCUGACCAAGGUCGACCCAGGACGAGGGAAUUUUGCUCUGACUGAUCUCAUGCACAAGGGGAUGCUGGCGCUAACGGACGAGUCUGGGUCGCUCGACGAGCGAUCUCUCAACCUGUCGCUGAAAUCCCGUUCAGGCGUGCAGACGGAGUACACGAGUGCACAUUUCCAGCAGCUGCUGGAAACAGCAGUGGCAAGUGGCGAGCUCUACGCCACCUACAACCGCAAAGGCUUUCACGGCAGCGCAAGACAUGCCAAGUUCUACGCGGCUGGCGUCGUGCUCGCCUUCGAGCACCUCCACGAGCGGCGCAUCGUGUACCGAGACCUGAAGCCGGAGAACCUGCUGCUGAACGAGCUCGGGCGCCUCAAGCUCACAGACAUGGGCCUUGCGAAGUUUGCCAUCGGCAAGACGUACACGACCUGCGGUACGCCGGAUUACUUCGCCCCUGAACUCAUCGCCUCCAGCGGUCACACCAACGCCCUGGACUGGUGGACCCUGGGAAUAUUGAUUUUCGAGAUGAUGUCUGGCCAUCCGCCCUUUGAGUCUGCCUACCCCAUGCAGAUCUACUCGAAGGUUAUUAAGGGUAUCAACAAGGUUCCCAUGCCGCAGAAGUGCCAGGGAUCCGUGGCGGAACUCAUUAAGGCUCUCCUGAAGAACGACCCCAGCGAGCGGCUGCCCAUGCUCGCCGGCGGCAUCAAGAACGUGAAGAAUCACAGUUGGUUCGAGAACUUCGACUGGGAGGCGAUGGAGAACUGCUCGCUGGAGCCGCCGUACAAGCCGGUCGUGAAGAGCAAGAAGGACUUGGCGAAUUUCUCGGCACGGAAAGAGGACAUGCCCACUCAGCUGCACUACACAGACGACGGCAGUGGCUGGGACAAGGGCUUCGCGACUGCCUGAGCUGGCGCGCGCGCGUGCUCAGAGGUUCUAUUUUCUCUCCCAGCGCCUGGUGUUCGGCUUGACGGGACAGCUGGCACGAGGUGGAGCAUAACGACCUGGUGGAGGCAGUCGCACCCUCGUACGAAGCCGUCUCGCUUGCCUGUCCUCCCCGCUCAGGCGGCCGAGCCGAAAUUAGUGUUCCUCAUCGCCCAUCGUCGCGCCGUGCCCCGCGGUUCUGCGCGGUCGAAAUCGGACCCCAGGCACGCUCCCCCUCCCUCUUGUCCUUCUCCUCUCUCUUGUUC